CUGGAAGAUUGGUGCGACCUGGAAUAAAAACCUUAUGUAAAAUGCAAGCUGUGUGAGCUGUUGUUUUGCUUUCUGUCUAGCUGGUGGCAGAACAAUGGCAAAUUGUAGUUUAUAGUAUGUACAGUGCGUUUAAUCGGUUUAAUUUUGAGCAGUGCUAUGGUUUUAUUGUUCAAAAUAUUUGUAACAUUAAGAUGAUUGGCCUUUUACCAUUUUUCGUGAUCCUUCUGGUGUCAUCCGGAAUAGAUAGUUCUAAAUUUCACUGCGUUAACAACAAUGAUAUUAUUUCAAAUGACCCAAAAACUAAUGAAUUGGAAAUUGGACUACAAAUGACCAAUCGACCAUUACACCAGGUGAUCACGCGUAUAUUCUUCAUGUUUUUAAAAGAUGUGUUAGGUUACAGAAAUGUUCGAAUUGUUCCGAUAAAUACUUAUGAUGCCUGGACGACGUUGGAUUUAGUUAGGCGAGAUAAUCGGUACCCAAAUAUCAGUAUGAUUAAUUUACAAGCUUGGAUGCCAUAUACUUUUGGUGCCUUACCUGAGAAUGUUUUAGAUGCGGGUGCUUCAAUAACGCUUGGUCGGUUUGGCUGGUUUGUACCGAUAUCAAAAGGUACAAAGGACAUGUUACCAUACGAAAGCUUACAUUACGAAAUCUUUCAACAUGUCAACAAUACGUAUUAUGAUCUCUAUAUAAUGGAAGAUAAUGUACUAAAUGAACUUCUACAAAUAAGCAGGUUUGAAAAUAUUUUAUUUCCUUAAAUACACUCUCUAGCUGGCUCCGGUUUUUACUUUCGCAAUAAUUUUCCUAAUUUACACUAAAUUGUCGUUUUAACAGCAAAUGAGAAAAUGUGACAAGAAUUUGUAAAAACGGGAGCACUUAAAAAUGAAAACGAAACGAUUUUGCUGAACACGCAAAAGUAAGUGAAAGCCGGAGCCUGCCUGUCUAAGACUUUGCCGUAAGGAGUUGUUCUGUUCAGUUGUUCUGGUCCGUAUGAGUUUCUCACAUAUGUAUGUGCUUACAUAUGGCUGAAAACAGUUAUGUAUAUACAAAUUCCCGCCAACAUAACUUGAGCAAAAUCCAAUUUUAUUAUACAAUAUAAUUUGUUAACUUUAAGGGCGUUUCACUAGAACGCCAUCCACAUUCACAAAUAAAAGUAAAUUGGAAAGCACGAAAUUGAGAAAAAACAUAGCAUAUAUGUUUGGCAUAAAAUCAGUAAUCAGUUUAUAAUUUUUCUUAGCUACAGACUUCAGUUUUGUUUAGUUUUUUCUGGUAGAAAUACCAGAAUCACUCGUGCCGAAUGAUCUCUGUUCCCCCUGAUGUACUUGCAAAAUAAGCACAGAGCUCUAAAAAUAUCCCCAAUUAAAACUAUCAAAACAGGGAAUAUUUUGUUAUUUAUCUAUGAAAUACAUAUGUAUUC